AUGAAACACGACACGACUAGGUCAAAGUUUGGACCCAGCAAAUGUCAGUUCAAUGGUUGCACCGUUUCCCUCUCGAAUCCGACUCCAUUCGCGUUGAUUUGCCACAUCGGCAUUCACUCGACGAAUAAACGAUACACGUGCACUGGCUGCACCUACGGCUGGGCCCAAUUCCAUCAAGCGUACACACACACGAAACGCUGCGAACGAGCUGCUAAUGUAAAGGAUAAUAUAGACGAGACGAUGUUAUUGGAUUGGAUCGAGCUGGGUCGAGUGUGCUUCCCCGAUCGAGUCGACGAGAUUCAGAAAUCCGGUCAAAAGCAACUCAUCAAGGCUCGGGAAAACGAGAAUCACGAUCCGCUUCUCUCCGUCUCCGACUACAGCUUCAAUGUCAAAGAGGAAAUGGAUAGUGAUGAAGGCAACCAAUCGCUCUCUUCGCCACUCUCAGCAACACUAGCGGCGAUAGCGAGGAUCGUCGAGCUACCGAAUCACUGCAAAUCGGAGGAAUCCUGCUCGAGCAAAUCUACCGCCGAAACGAGCGCGGUGAAGAGAAAAUUUCUGAAGACGAAAGACACCGAAACCGCAUCCACCGCCGAUGUGAAACGCUUCAAAUUGCAUACGCCCAGCAUUUUCACUGGCUCGUGGGAGGAGUCACCGAAGCACGAAUGUUCCUCUUGUCAACAAAAGAAUGAUCUUGAUCAGAUGAUCGUUUGUGCGGAUUGCAAUGUGAUUAUCUGCGGCCUCUGCGCCUACAAGAAACACAAGAUGCACGAUGGACGAGAGUUGUUGAAUGAAGAGAUUUAUGGACUCGCAAAAGAAUUAUCGGAUUUGAUUGACCAGAAAGUCGAUCAGCACAUCACACCACUCUCGAAUCUGUGCAAUGAAACUUUUGAGUUGUAUGAUGAAAUUAAAGCGGAGAUGUACAACUUGAAGCCACUCGUCUCAACGCAAACCUCGUGGAAGGAAGCUAAUGAGAAAGCCGAGAAAUGCCGCAAAAUGAUCGACGCGAUCGCCGACGUGUUCACCGAGUUCACUGCCGAGAUUCAAAAGUCGAAUAAAAAGCUAGAGGAAAAGCUGGAGAAGUUGAAAGCGCAAGAUUUCGACGCAAUCGAUGAGAAGCCGAUUGCUGACGCG